AUGUUGUUAGACGUCAAUAGAAAGCUCUUUAGUCGGUCAGAUCGCGUAAAAGGGGUCGAUUUCCACCCAACAGAGCCAUGGUUGCUUGCCGGUCUUUACAAUGGUACGGUCAACAUCUAUAACCACGAAACUGGCGCGAUCGUGAAGACAUUCGAGGUAUCCGAGGUUCCCGUACGCUGCGUCAAAUUUAUUGCCCGAAAGAAUUGGUUUGUCGCUGGCUCUGACGAUUUUCAACUCCGCGUCUUCAACUACAACACCCACGAAAAGGUUGUAGCUUUUGAGGCGCAUCCAGACUAUAUCAGAUGCCUCACGGUACAUCCGACGGCAAGCGUGGUGCUCACGGGUAGUGAUGAUAUGACACUCAGGGCGUGGGAUUGGGACAAGCAAUGGAGGUGUAUGCAGACAUAUGAAGGGCACACGCAUUACAUCAUGAAUAUCGCCGUGAAUCCGAAGGACCCGAACACGUUUGCGUCGUCGUGUUUAGAUCGGACCGUCAAGAUGUGGUCAUUGGGGUCACCCACCCCAAACUUCACUCUAGAGGCCCACGAGAAGGGCGUCAACUACGUUGACUUUUACCCUGGUGCCGACAGGCCAUAUCUGGUCACGGCAAGCGAUGAUCGAACCGUUAAGAUCUGGGACUAUCUCAGUAAGAGCUGCGUGCAAACACUUGAAAGUCACAGCAACAACGUGCUCUUUGUCGCUUUCCACCAGAAUCUACCAUUAAUCAUUAGCGGUGGCGAAGAUGGGACGGUAAAGCUUUGGAACAGCGGAACAUAUCGACUGGAGAACACUUUAAGCUAUGCACUUGAGCGUGCAUGGUGUGUUGCCGUGCACAAAAGCUCCAACGAGGUCGCCGUUGGAUACGAUGAGGGUGUAGUUGUCGUGAAGGACCUUACUGGGGUUCAGCUUGGGCGCGAUGAACCCACAUACAGCAUGGAUCCAUCAGGGAAACUCAUAUAUACGCGCAACAACGAAGUCCUAUCGGCUAAUUUGCAGACAAUCCAAGACGAGCUUAUCCCUGAAGGUAAUCGGAUACCGCUUUCGAUCAAAGAAAUGGGCACGACAGAAAUUUAUUCGACAUCACUGAAUCACUCCCCGAACGGUCGUUUCGUCACAGUCGUCGGCGACGGCGAAUAUAUUGUUUACACUGCUCUCGCAUGGCGGAACAAAGCGUUCGGUAAUGGAAAUUCGUUCGCCUGGGCAGGAGACUCAAACACUUACGCGAUCUUGGAGGGUAAGAUGAAGAUUCGUGUAUACAAAAACUUCCGAGAGCGCGCCGGCGCCGGUAUGAAGGGUGCUGGUUCAUGGAGUAUCGACGGCCUACACGGUGGGACGCUACUUGCCGCUCGAGGGAGUGGAUUUGUACUCUUUUGGGAUUGGGAGACGGGUGAAGUUGUUCGCAGGAUCGAGGCGGAUGCGAAGAAUGUGUACUGGUCAGGUACCGGGUCGUUGGUUGCGAUCACCACAGACGAAUCUUUCUAUAUUCUCCGUUUCGAUCGUGGGGCGUACAAUGCAAAACUGGAGGAGGGCGCUGAAAUCGGCGACGAGGGCGUCGAGGAGGCGUUCGAACUCGUGGCUGAGAUUGCAGACAACGUGAAGACGGCGAAGUGGAUAGGGGACUGCUUCAUCUAUACGACAGUAGCAAAUCGGUUGAAUUAUUUCGUUGGAUUGGAGUCAUACACAAUUACGCCUUUCGAUAUGCCUCUGUAUCUGCUAGGCUAUAUACCUUCGCACAACCGUGUUUAUCUUGCAGACAAGGACAUGAAUACGUACAGCUACGCGCUGUCGCUCAGCCUCGUGGAGUAUCAAACUGCUGUCUUGCGUGGUGACAUGGAGGCUGCCGCGGAGAUUCUCCCCACAGUGCCCAAAGAGCAACGAAAUAAAGUUGCCACAUUCUUGGAAGGAAGAGGCCUCAAGGAACUCGCAGUGCAAGUCACCACUGACCCGGAUCACAAGUUCGAUUUAUCUCUACAGUUAGAUGAUCUGGAUGCAGCAGUUGAAAUCGCACGGACGGUCCCGGAACUUGAAGCCGAAAGCAAAUGGAAAGCAAUCGGAGACCGCGCCCUCGCCGUGUGGCGAUUUGAUUUGGCGCGGGAGAGUUACGAAAAGGCGGGCGACACCAGCGCCCUUAUGCUCCUCCUACUAUCCAUUGGCGACAGAGAUGGUCUAGCGAAGCUAGCGGUAACUGCUGAGCAAAAGGGCCAAAACAACCUCGCGUUUGCCUCCCUCCUUCAGCUCGGCGACGCAAAGCCGUGCGUAGAUCUCCUCAUCAAAACACACCGAGCGCCAGAAGCCGCCAUGCUCGCUCGCACAUAUGCACCUAGCAAGGUGCCCGAGGCAGUGCAAGCGUGGAAGACGGAACUCAAAGCGAAACCAAAGCUGGCAACAGCCAUCGCCCACCCUACCGACAGCCCGGAACUUUUCGAGGAGGGAUGGCAAGAGGCCGUAGCGCGGGAAGACGAGGAGCUCGCGCAGUCUCCAGCACACCCAUUGGUAAACGGCACGUCAGAAGCCGAGGCAGAAGAGCCUCCAGAGAACUAG